GAGUGAAGAGCACAGAUUUUCAUCAAAAUCUGUUUCUGUUUUUUUUUUCAGCCAAACCGCUGCAGCACUACAAGCCGCAUAUUCUGUGGAGGAAACGUUUUUCUAAAGCGCGCUUUAGAGCAUUUGUUUUCCUUAAUUGUGAGUUCGUGUCUGUUGUUGCAUGCAUUGAAGCGAUUAUUCAUUUCGUCCAGUUCUACUUCCCCUCACAUCCAAAUUGCACCAUGAGCAGUUUCUGGGGACCACCCGAGCUCGUACCUCUGGAAUGGUGGGGGUUACGCAGCCGAGGAAAGGCGAGCAAGUAAACGCUGAUGGAGUUUGGGAUUUAUUGUAAAAUACAGGAAAGAUGACCGUCUUUUCGUUGUGUUUCCUCUUGUGCGCCGAACUACUGGAUUCAGCCGUAGGAUACCUUACUGUGACCAUCGAACCCAUUCCCCCUGUCAUUGUGGGAGAGACCGUGACGCUAAAGUGCAACUUCAAAACCGACGGCAGGCUGCGGGAGAUCGUCUGGUUCCGGGUGACAGACGGGGGGACACUUAAGCAGAAAAUCUUUACGUACGAUGCCAUGUUCAACACCAAUUACUCCCACAUGGAGGACUACCGGAGACGUGAAGACCUGGUGUACCAGUCAACCGUCAGGCUGCCGGAGGUUCGGAUCUCGGACAAUGGGCCAUACGAGUGCCACGUGGGCAUCUACGACCGGGCGACCAGGGAGAAGGUGGUCCUGGCUUCAGGGAACGUCUUCCUGAAUGUGAUGGCGCCACCUAAGGCCAUCUCUGUCAUUGCGGCCGACACCCCUGCCCCGUUCAGCCGGUACCAGGCCCAGAACUUCACCCUGGUGUGCAUCGUGUCUGGAGGAAAACCUGAACCGACGGUGUAUUUUAAGCGGGACGGAGAGCCCAUAGACGUUAUUCCGUACCUCCAGGAGCCGGCUGCGGGGGAGAGCGGGGGCUCAGCGGGGGUCCGGGGCGCCAGGCCGCUGAUCAGUCGCGACCUGGACGACACCAAGAUGCAGAGGUCCCUGUCCCUCCUGGACCUGGAUGGGAAGCCGGCUCGGCUCUACACGGACAGCCCGGGCCGGGGCUUCACCCCCAGGGCACGCGGCCCGGAGCCCAGCCCCUCCGCCGAGAGCAUCCCGGAGACGGUGGUGAGCCGGGAGUUCCCCCGCUGGGUGCAGAGUUCGGACCCCCUGUACUACUUCAGCACGCUCCACCUGCCCCAGAGCGACGGCACGGUGGAGGUCCGGGCCAUGCUGACCUGGACGCUCAACACCCAGCUGGACAACGACGCGCUCUUCAGCUGCGAGGUCAAGCACUCUGCGCUCUCCAUGCCCAUGCAGGCCGAGGUCACGCUCGCGGCUCCCAAGGGCCCCAAACUGCGGAUGUCCCCCAGCAGGGCGAGGGUCGGGGACACUGUGCGAAUCGCCGUCCAUGGAUUUCAGAAUGAGGUGUUCCCUGAGCCCCUCUUCACGUGGACCCGCGUGGGGGGCCGGCUCCUGGACGGGAGCCCGGAGCGGGAUGGCAGGGAGCUGGUUCUGGAGCGGGUGCCAGCCGAACUGAACGGAUCCAUGUACCGCUGCACGGCCCAGAACCCCCUGGGCUCCACGGACACCCACACGCGCCUGAUCGUGUUCGAAAAUCCCAGUAUAAUGAAGCACACUCAAAACCAGAACAAUGCUGCCUCCUGUAAGGAUGUUCUGGGACUGACAGUGACGGCACUGAUCCUCACAGUGACUGUGGAGCUGACGUGAGCCCCAGAAGGCUGAGCUACCCCGUCAUCUGCCGCUCUUUGGUCCGUCUGUCCAUCCGUCUGUCCGCCAGGAAGCAGUACCUUCACCAGAGAGCAUCCCCAUCAUGUUUUUUUGAGAAAACAAAAAACAAGACAAAUGAUAAAGCGACAUACAAGAAGACAACAACACAAACCCCCUCCUGUUUGUCUACUUGUCACAUAUCUGCCUGUCUAUCAAUAAAACCAGUUGUUUAAAAAAGGAAAAGUAAAAACUAUGGGGUUGGUUUAAUUUCUUCAGACAUUACUGUGUUCGUUUUUGUACAGUCAUCUUUUCAAUGGUGUGGGCAGGCCCACCAUUUCUCCUCCCAAAAUCCCAAGAAGUCUGGCCCGUUUGUAUUUCUAUCCACCAGUAUACACAAGGCAGUCCUUCAAGAACAUAUAUCUGGCCAUAUCCUCUUCUUCUUGUUUUAGUUUUUCUUCCUUUUCCCCCUUUUUUAAAAGUGACUACAUUGGAGAGAACAAGAGGACUCUUUUCAGUACUGUGAAACUGGCGUCACUUUCCCAGUUAGAAGAAGACCCCCCCUUUUUAAAUGUAUUUUUGUGUACAUCCCUGUAAAUAUAGAGAUUGAUAUAAAGGUUCAGCUUACAGUGUUGGGCAGAGUGACAGUUUUGCCUCACAAAUUUACAGCUCCUGCUUGUACUGUAUCAGCUCUUUCCUAUGACUUCAAGAAACUUGGACGAGAUUAAGAAUAAACAUUGAAAGCACUAGCUUUUCAUUACUAUAAUUUAAUUGUAUUCAAUAAAUUAUAUCUGCUGUAUGGCAGGUUUUAAUCAGAAAAAAAACUAAAGCUGUUGUCUGCAUUUCAGGGUCAUGGUGCAUGAGAUGUCUGACGAUUAUUUCUCAUUUUUCAUAAUCCAUGUGGGUGGUCCUCAUUCAGCUGACCUGUAGUCCCAUGUUUCACCUGUUACAUAUUAUAGUAAGUGACCUGCGUUGUGUACAAGUUCCUUUUCUGGCAAAGUGUAUCGCAAGUUCCAUGUUUAGAUGCCAUUUUGAUUUCAGCUGAGUGUAAACAGGGUGUGACUUUUUUACCAGCAGUAUUAAAAUGGGGAUUAUGAAUUUAAUCUCAUGUGCACAGAUGUCCUCUUUCAGAAAUCAUACCUUUCACAUCACAACUGUGAGGUGAAAACCCCAAAGGAGAUAUCGAUCAUUAAGAAUCCGGUAUGAAAGAACGCACAAUGAUUCAAAAAACACUUUUGUGACACUGUGACACUGCUCUCAUCAACUUGAGUGUGUUAUCAAAUAUCAGAAGUACUACCUUCAUCUGUCUAUUAAAUAUUGAUAUAAA